GGGGCCCGCUGUACUCGAGAGAGGCUAACCCUAAAAAAAACACUUCCUGAGAGAGAGAGAGAGGGGAAAAUGGAAGCUAAAGAUAUGGAGAUGGAUGUGGAAGGUGCGAAACCUAGUUCGAAUUCAAACCAAUUCAAGCGAUUCGGACUAAAAAACACUAUUCAAACGAACUUCGGAGACGACUACGUCUUCCAAAUCGUCCCUGAGGAUGAUUGGACGUCGAUGGCGGUGUCUCUGUCGACCAACGCCGUAAAAUUGUACUCAGCAGUCACAGGUCAAUACUUGGGGGAGUGUAAAGGCCAUUCUUCCACUAUUAAUCAAAUCUCAUUCUCUGCUCCAACGACCCCUCACCUUCUUCACUCUUGCUCUUCUGAUUCUACCAUCAGAGCUUGGGACUCUAGAUCAUUCCAGCAGGUGUCUUCUGUAAGUGCUGGUCCUUCGCAAGAGAUAUUCAGCUUUUCAUUUGGGGGGCCAGGAGAUAAUCUUCUUGCCGCUGGAAGUAAGUCUCAGAUAUUCUUCUGGGAUUGGAGAACCAAGAAGCAAGUUGCAUGCCUAGAGGAAUCUCAUAUGGAGGAUGUUACUCAGGUUCACUUUGUUCCUGACCAUCAAAACAAGCUUGUUUCCGCUUCUGUAGAUGGACUAAUAUGUUUGUUUGAUACCAGUGCAAGUAUCGAUGACGAUGAUCAUCUGGAGUCAGUGAUUAAUGUGGGAACUUCAAUCGGAAAAGUGGGCUUUUUUGGAGAGGCAAGCCAAAAACUCUGGUGCUUGACACACAUUGAAACCUUAAGUGUUUGGGACUGGAAAGAUGCAAGAAUUGAAAUCAACUUCAAGAACGCUCGUUCAUUAGCUUCCGACAACUGGGCAUUAGAUCAUGUUGACUAUUUUGUUGAUUGCCACUACUCGAUGAAAGAUGAUCAUUUAUGGGUAAUUGGUGGGACGAAUGCUGGUACCUUAGGUUGCUUCCCUGUGAAUUACGAAGGAACAGGAUCGAUUGGAUCUCCAGAGGCUGUUCUCCAUGGUGGUCACACAGGUAUUGUUAGGACUGUGUUGCCUUUGUCAGGCAUGCGGAGUGGGCCAACCCAUAGCCGAGGUGUCUUUGGAUGGACAGGUGGGGAGGAUGGUCGUUUAUGUUGUUGGAUGUCUGAUGAAUUGUCUGAUGUAAAUCGUUCUUGGAUUUCGAGUGAACUAGUCGUUAAGUCACCAACGACUCGCAAGAAAAGAAGGCAUCAUCCUUACUAAAAACAUUGAUCAAACCCUCGUGUUGUAUUCUAUUUCCUAAUCAUUUGCAAUUUUGUCUUAUGAUUUAUUUAUUUA